AUGAAAGCCUUCAAACGAGCUCUGGAGUGCGAUGAGCCCAGCCUCUCCUCCCCCAUGUCGGACAGCGAUGACGGCUUCCCCCUGGACCUGUCCGGAACCGUGAAGCGCAAACGUAGAGGGAACCUGCCCAAAGAGUCUGUGCAGAUCCUCCGGGACUGGCUCUACGAACACCGCUUCAACGCCUACCCGUCCGAGCAGGAGAAGCUGAGUCUGUCUACACGGACGCAUCUGUCAGUGCUGCAGAUUUGUAACUGGUUCAUUAACGCUCGCCGGCGCCUCCUGCCUGACCUGCUGCGUAAAGAUGGCAAAGACCCCACCAAGUUCACCAUCUCCAGGAGGGUGGGCUCAAAGUCUCCCGAGCCCUCUGUCGCCACUCCCCAGCCGACCCCAGCCCAGAGGCCCUUCGUCCUGCCUCCCACCGUCCGCCUGCUCGCCCCCGUGAACGUCCUCAGAGCUCGGGAGGCGCUGCUGCGGCUGGAUACGCAGAGUCUGCUGCAGGAGGCGGAGGAGCAGAGCGGGGCCCGGCCGCUGCUGGUAGAUGUGGCGCUGCAGCGGAGGGAGGAGGAGCAGCAGCAGAGGAGGUGGGAGGAGGAGCAGCAGAGGAGGGAGGAGCAGCAGCAGAGGAGGAGGAGGGAAGAGGAGCAGCAGCAGAGGGGGAGGGAGGAGGAGCAGUUCCAUGCAGAGGAGAGCAGGAACAUGGGGCCAACUCCACCUCCAGAAGACUCUCAGAUCUUGGACCCAUCUCGAGCCCAGCUGCUGAUGGAGGAGGCCAUGUCUGCGCCUUCACCUGCCGCCUGCAUCUCUCCCUCGCAUAGACCUCCCACCUCCUCCCCCAUAUCGCCGUCACCUGCCCCCCCAACACCGGCCACCCUCCCCUCUGCCCGGCUCCCGUCCUCCGUGGUCAUCGCCGCACCCACGUUUAUCUUUCGGCGCCUUGGAGAAAGACAAGCUCCAGCCUCCUCCCUCAUCCUCCCCCAGUGUCAGCCUGGUCUCCCCUAA